UCUUAAACUUUUUGUAUUGAAUUACGGUAGACUUGCAUAUUUAGAGUUUAAGGUUUGGUUUGGGAAAGGCUUUCAUGAUUUUAUUCCUAUUCAUGUCGAUACUAGUAUUUCUGUUUGGUAUUAUUCUUGAAUUUUACAAGUUCUUUUUCAAACUGGCACCCUGCUCGGCUGCUCCUUCCCUCUUGCAUACAAAAUUGCUGUCAUCUUACGCACACGGUUGAUUUUCGCAAUUUGGCAUUUGCAUAACUUGUGUGGGCAUACGAUUCAAAAGUCCAGAUUGCAACUUGCAUAGAUUCCUAUCACUGAAGACGAUAUAUUGAUGUUUGAAAUUGAUAGCGUGACGGUAGUUUAUGAGAGGAAUACGGUUUGCCUUGGCAUUAUUCUAGUUAUAUCCUGAGAAACCUGUUGUAUUCUAAAAACUUUUGGUUUUGGCAUUGCCAGUGAUUUAAUCUAAUUGUCUAAAAAUAGCAAGACAGAGUGUGAAGAAAAAAAAAAGAGGAAUUAACUUUUUUUUUUUUCCUACCAGAAGGAAUUAACAGUAGAUAGCAGAGACUAUGAAUAAGGUUGAAAGGGUGUAGGAUUCGAAAUCUCAAUUUACUAGUUUAAUUGCCAUAUUUGGCCGGCCACGAUGAUACUGUUCAGGCGGCUUUUUAUUCUGGUAGGUACGUAGAAAGAGAAAGUAUUUAUUGCCUUCAGCACAAGAAUAUGUAUCGACUAUCCAGAAGUAUACAAAUGAAAAGAUAAAUUUGAUAGCAUGAAUAAUGACGUUAAAUUGUCUAUUUAUGAGAAGCCAUAGUUAACGGUAGGAAAAUUUAGCACAUAAAAGUGCCGGAAGAUAUUUUCCUUCGGAAUUCAUUUAGUUGUGGUCCAAAAUCUCGGAAGGGGAUAUGAUUAAGCAAGGGAACAGACAAAUUAUACUUGAAGUUAGUUGAUAUCAUCAUUUUGUGCUAGUCUUUCAAGGGCAUGACAGCAAGUAAUAGUGAUGAAAAAGGCGGAGUAUUAGAAUUAGAAGCCAUAUGCAGUGAAGAUUCUUGUCUGACCACAAAUUUCCGAGGAAGAAGAGUAAAUCUGCCCAUCAUUCGUGAAAGCAGAAGGUAAGUACGGCACCGAUGGAGAAGCUUACUAUGCCAUACGAUAAAGAGUACAUGAGGAUUGCCAUUCUAAAACAUGAAGAAACUUUCAAAGAGCAGUUAUAUGAACUACAUCGCUUGUAUCGGGUCCAGAAGACGUUGAUGAAAGAUAUGGACAAGAGCAGAGGCAACGAACCAAGCCAACGAGGAUGGAGCUUCAAGACUUCUGUUGGUCUAGCUCAAAAUGUUGAUCAAAAUAAAGGUACACCGAACAAACCUCAACUGAACUUUGAUCUCGAACAGCCUGCGGAAGAGCACAUUGCAGAAUCAGACGACGAUCGGGUGCUAGAGAUCGUAGAUGAGACUGAGAUUGAACUGACACUAGGCCCUUCAAUUUACAACCGCAUGAAGAAACUCGAGACACCACGAACUUCUGAUUCUGGACAUAGCUUGUCUUCCUCUUCUACGGGAUCCAGCCAUAUAAACAAGACAAGUUCGGGGACCCAUCAUUGCAGUUGCAGUGAUGCAACAAGAGAAGAAUUAAGUGGAGGCAUAUUAGGCCUCGUCCAGGUGCCGGAUUCAAACUCAAUCUGUCAAAGAGGAAUUAGAAACAGUUUUGAUGUUGAAGAACAGUCAAGCCAAGACAGAUUAAAACAGCCACCUUGGCUUUUUCAAGUGUUGAGCUUGAACAUGACUUGAGAGAGUUUAAAAAAAUUAUCUAUAGUCAAUUAAUAUGAUAUAUAUAUAUAAUAUUUUUUUUUUAAAUUGCUGUUUGAGACUAACUUUGUGAAUGGUUUUUGUGGAAUGUUCUGCCUAGUUAUCUAGUG